UAAUGCAAUGAACUUUAGUUAUUUAUGUCCAUUCAGGUCAUUUUGCUGUCUCUGUAGAAUUAACGAUGCAUUACUGCAAUAAUUAUUUCAGUUUACUAAUGUCAAACGGGUUUGUAUCUCAUCAGUCAGACAUGUCUUCGUCAAGAUCUUUGAACAGAAUGUUUAUUUAGAAAUCAUUGACAGUUUCGUCUGUACGAAAGAAAGUAAAAUCAUUAUCUCAAUCAUGUUGCAAAUUUUACGUAUUAGUAUUUCUUCUGGAAAGAUAGUAUCCUCUGUUGUGGCUAUAUUUAACCACCUUUCCGGCUGUAUAUGGAAGAAGUAAGUGGGUGUCUACUGAACCAUGGAUAAUUUGACUCCUGAAGACGAAGAUUUUCCUGGCAGGCUUUUACACCAGGCAGCAUUAUGGGACAAUGCCGAAUUGUUGGAAGAUUUAUUGCGUGGAGAACAGGUUGCACACAUCAACAGUCAAGAUUCUUGGGGUCGAACUCCUCUUCACGCAGCAGCAACUACAGAUAAUUCCCGCUGCUUGAGUGUUUUGUUAAAUGCUGGUGCUGAUCCGAAUAUUGCCUGUGGAAUAAGAGGUGAAAAUAAGGUCCCUCUGCAUAUCAGUGCUGAGCAUGGGUAUGUCAAUAAUAUUAAACAUCUCCUAGCACAUGGCGCAGAUGUGGUGGCAACAGACAGCAGUGGCCUAACAGCCCUGGAUAUUGCUGAGAAAUGUGAACAUACAGAAUGUAUGGAAGUCCUGAAAAGGGCAGCUGGUAAGUGUCAAGUUCAUGCAGAGUUUUUGUUAACUAAGAUGAUGAUGGAUGUUAUAUUCAGAUUUUCAUCAAUUAAGAGUUGUAUACAAUUUAUAUAAAUAAAAAUGAUAAUUACUGUCUUACAUUGCUGUUAUGUGAAGCAGAGAGAAAAAUGUGUAAUUUUUCACUAUGUAGUGACUUUAUCAAUAAGUAUUUUUAUGAUUAUUUAACUGAUAUCAGGUGAAUGGUAUUGGAAAGAGGAGGAAGAGAAUUGACUAGUAAAUCAGUGUGUUGUGUACUGGAUGACAACAUAGCAAAAUAUUGUAUCUGGGAAAUAUGUAAAUGGUACAGUUGCUGUUACAGAAUCAUAACUUUCUUUGGCAAAUGUGUGAUAUAAAAUAUCUUUUGUGAGAAACAGUAAACAGAAAAAUUACAGAAGCUAUCCCGUACUCAAGAAUAUGAACAUUGGAGACUAGAAUAUGAAAAUUGGAGACUACAAUAGUCAAUAUCAGGUCAUUACCACAGCUAAAAAACAGAAAACAUAUUUGAAAACAUAAUGUAAUUGGAUAGAUAAAAAAUUUACUCACCAAGUGGCAGCAGGAGAACACACACAUAUAUUUGGCUAAUAGAUAAGCAAUUGUGAAAUUUAUGUAACUGAAUAAGCACAAAUGUGAGGGACAUAGUUGUUUUACUGGUUGAAUUAAAAAGUGACAGCAGAACACAUCAGGAAACGGAAAUUGGAAUGUUAUUGUCAGCUGUGUGUUUUUCCUUUUUAAAAAAGAUGUGAAAAGACAUGGGAUUCCAUUUUUAUGAAAAUAAUAAUGUAAUGUUAUUGCCAGAAGAGUUGAAUUUUUCAUCAACAGAUGGUUCUUCACUUGAGUUCGUAGAGUAUGGAGAGCUGUAAAACAACCCACAGUUGCUUACAUUUACACAUACAAUUUAAAAGCAAAAGUCACUUUUCCACUGGGCAUUUUACAGGAAGUUUGCACUAAAUUAUCCAUUUCUACCAGACAACAAGUCUUUUUAAAUAACACCAGCUUAGCAAGAUGAAGCUCUGUAUACGGAAAGAUUGGCCAUUCUUUUCCUCUUUGCAUGCUGCCAUCAAGUCACAUCUGACCAUACUGGAUACUCCCGUUACGUAUGUAGCAUGUUGGAUGUGUUGUGUAUUUACAGUAGUUUCCUUUGAAGUAAUGGAACAAUGUUGUUGGCUACACCUUUCGAGGCCUGGAGGGUGGAAA